GUCAAAGGUUAGGUUAGUCCCAGAUGUCUACUUUCUGCCCCGCCGAUCCAUCCCUAGAACCAUCGCCUUGUAUACUUUCCUCACUGCGGCGGGCAUAGGAGCGGGGAUGUUGGUGGAGCAAUGGAUCAAGCAGCAAGUCGAGAAUGAUACAGCCAUCUUGUGGCGCAAGGAGGAGUCCGAAGUUAAGAAAACUGACCCUGCUCCGACAUCCUCAAAUCCUAAAACCUAGGGCACGUCUCCAGUGGCCUUGUAGGCGCUCUUGUAGAAAUAGAAAGCCGAUAAGCAUUGAAGCUGGGAAGUUGAUGAUGAGAGUCCAGAUUUUGUUCUUCAGAGUUGCUAGCAGGAUAUGGUGAGAACAAGGGGCUGCUGAGAGAUUCGUUGUCAUUACUGAUCUUAAGCAUCACCUUAGUAAUUUAGCUACUAAAUUUUAGACCACAACGAAUGGUUGCUGGCGGCCUUCUAAGCCGAGAACCUGUUGUGUUAUCACGACGAAGGACCCUGCCUUUUUAAGUUUCUCCUCCUGCUUAUUAUAUUCCCGGCAGCAGUUUCUCACGCUGGCGAUUGAUUUCAAGAGAGAUAACUCUUAGCAGUCAAGGCUGUUGUUUACCUUGGUCACUAAUCCGAAUCUUUGCUUUAAAAUCAUUUGCUUUUCCAAGUGGGCAUCGCCGCAAAAGCCUUGAUCAACUUUAGUGAAUGCGGAGCUAGGGCAUAACUCGCUGACGUCGAUGUGUUCACCUUUGUCACUAUCUUCUGAUUUCAAGUCCACAUUCUGGCUAAGAAAAAAUCUUUAAGCAUGGGCGAACCAGCAGAUGGCAACAUUAGAAUACAGGACACGAGGAAUUUGAUGAGUUCAAAUGUCAGCGUGCUCGACAUCUUACCGCAAUUGUGUCAGGAGACCACAACAUGAUCUCUUUGCAGAGCAACACCGAGCGAAUGCACAUUGGCUCACAAAUAUUCAAUUCCAUUGAUCACACAAAAACCAUCAGUUAGAGACUGAGUGUUUGGAGUUUUCACAAACGCCCCUGUCCCUCCACCCGACGCUGCCAACUGGUUUGGCCCCGCCGUCUGCACUGCACCGGCAAUCACCUUUAAAAAAAAUGACUACAGAUGCUUCGUGGGUCGAUUGAUCUGCCGAAGGAUACCUAGCUCAUCUUGCAGAAACGAGUGUUGCGAAUAGGACUGUCGCCGAUGCUCAUGAAUGCGAGGUGAAUUUGCCACUCAGCAGUCGCAAGCACCUUACCAGUAUGAACGGUGGAAGUGGCCUUUGCGUGGCCUCGGGAGUGACCAGGGACGAUAACCAGGGAGAACUCAUUAGAAUAUUCUCAGUUCAUCCAAUCAAAUGCCAUAAAACCUAAAACCCUAGCUUUAGGGUCUAAAUGCUUGCAAAGGCUUCAGGCCAUGGUCUUGCCACAACCUUCAGCAAACUUCAUGACCCAACGCCCGAUGACGCUCCUCCUUUGUGGGUUCUGGCUCUAGGGUUCGCUCUCUGGUUAGCACGUUGUUCUCGUUUGAGGUCUUCAUCAGACCCCAACGCCCUCUGCUGUGAACCCGAACCUAUUUGUUGGAGCUUGUACCUCAGCGGUCCAUGAGUUGCUCUAAUUAGGGUUUCAAAAUGAGGGGAUUGAGAGUAGCAACAGGGUUGGCAGCUCGAUUGCUACAGCAUGGAAGAGUUGCGGAAUUGAGGACGGGUUCAGUAGGGAUUUUCAGGUCACUUGUCUGCAACAAUCCGAGCGCAACAUAUGACAGCUCUUUAAAUUCUAGGGUUUCGGAUACGUGCGGCUUUUCUUCUAGAGUGUCUAUUCAGGGCAGCUCUUGUGCUCCUCGGCACGAACCCGGUUUCGUUUCGAACGUCUCUUUGGGGGCUUCGGGAGAAAUCGUUGAACCUAACAAAUUUAUACUUUCAUAUCUGGGCUCUUCUCAGUUGUUUCCACCGGGAAGGUCGAAUGGGUUCUCGACUUCAGCAGCUGCGACGCCAGAAGCGGACGCGGAGAAGAUUUCAGUUACAUUUGUGAACAAAGACGGCGAGGAAACAGAGAUCAAGGUUCCGGUAGGUAUGUCGAUGCUGGAAGCUGCACAUGAGAAUGACAUUGAACUUGAAGGUGCUUGUGAGGGAUCGUUGGCAUGUUCCACUUGUCAUGUGAUCAUCACAGACGAGGAGCUAUACAACAAACUUCCAGAGCCUACAGACGAAGAGAAUGAUAUGUUGGAUCUUGCGUUUGGCUUGACGGAGACUUCCCGAUUAGGAUGCCAAGUGAUUGCUAAGCCUGAGCUGGAUGGUUUGCGGCUUGCUCUCCCUGCCGCUACCCGCAAUUUUGCAGUUGAUGGUCAUGUUCCGAAGCCACACUAACUGGAACACUGCUGCAAUGUCACAGCAGGAUGGAUUUCUGCUGUGCAAAUCCUCCAAAGGAAGUUGCAGGCUUAUCUUCUAAUCUGCGUCUUAGGUUCGGAUUUACUCCUCUGUGAUUAUCGAUAGCCUUUCUCGAUGUUUCUCCUUGGCGAUGACUCCUUCCUUUUUCCCGUUCCUUUCUUGCACCUGGAGCAAGUUGCGUUCCUUGCAGGUCCUUGGGCGCGACAGAGCAUGCAAUUAGAAUCCUCUUAAAAUAUUUGAGAUUGAUUCAGCUGGAAGCUGAAGCUGAAUGUCAUAAGAUCCAUUGUUCCACUGAAUUGGGUAUGUGUUGUCAGUGACUUAUUAAGUCGCUUGAUGGCAUUGCAAAUCUUCUUCACCCCU